AUGGCAUCAGUCUCCUCUGAUGGUGAUGAUGCGUCGUUGAUGAGGAUUAUGAUCAUCACGGACAACCAUGUGGGCCAUAAGCAGGACGACCCUGUACGGAGCCUUGAUUCUGUAUGUGCAUUUGAGGAAGCAAUGCAAAGAGCUAAAUUGGCACAAGUCGACCUAGUUGUUCAUGGUGGUGACCUGUUUGAUAUCGCGAGGCCAGAUCGUCUGACCAUGAAACAAGUGAAUGAGAUUUUACGGCAAACAGUGAUGGGAGAUCAGCCCAUCAAGAUCGAAGUUCUGCCAACACAGGAUGAGAACGGCAUUGUUCGGGACGAGCCGCCGAAUUAUGAGGAUCCUAACUACAACGUCGGGCUUCCAGUAUUCAUGAUACAUGGUAAUCAUGAUGAACCGGGCGGGCUCGGCAACAUGUCGGUAAUCGACUUACUUCACACGAAUCGAUUGGUCAACUACUUCGGUCAGCAGAUGGACUUGGACCGAAUCGUUAUCCGUCCGAUUCUCAUUCAGAAGGGCGAGACGAAACUAGCGUUGUAUGGCCUUGGGAACAUGCGGGAUGAAAGACUCAACAGAGCGAUUAACGCUGGCAAGGUGGAGGUUCUGGAAUUCGAAAUCCCUCCGGGCCGUGGCGGUUCGGAAUCGGAAAGUGAAUACUUUUCUGUUAUGUUGGUCCACCAGAAUCGGUAUAAAGGGGUAGCGGGAGGCGUGCCGGGGAGCAGCUCUUUGCAGAAUUCACAGUUACCAGGUUUCUUGGACUUAGUCGUUUGGGGUCACGAACAUGAGUCGAUUAUCGAUCCAGUGGAGACAGCCCAAGGCUUCUCUGUGCUGCAGCCAGGAUCAUCAGUGCAGACUUCCCUUUCUGCUGGUGAGAGCCUCCCCAAGCAUAUCUUCUUGUUGGAGCUCCUCAAAGGUCGAGGAUGGCGAACGACCCCUAUACCCUUAACGAGCCCCCGGCCACUGCUAGUGCAGGAUGUGUCGAUGAAGGAACUCAUCGCUCAGCGGGAGAGCCGACUGGACGGUAGCGGGGAGAAAAUGGAAGAACUGGCGUGGAAUUCCCUCAGCGACGUUGUGAGAAGGAUGGUCGACCAUGGCAAAGAGCUCGGCAAGGCACAAGUAUUGGCGUAUAAGAAGUGGCUAGAAGACACCAGGCUGACCCCCUUGUAUAAACGCGACUCGGCCCGUGCGAUUCGACCGUUGAUACGAGUGCGAGUGGAUGUCACAGUAGAGAAAGAUGAUGGUGAUGACGGGGGAAUCCCCGGCCUGCCUGUUGGCAGUAGCUAUCCUGUUAUACCGAAUCAGAAAUUUGGUCAGCAGUUCCUCGAGGAGGUUGCUAACCCGGCUGAUAUAUUGUUGUUUCACAAGAAGAAAAAACGACCAGCGAAGCAAAAGAAAAAUGAACUCCAACUGAACCUGGAAGAUCAUGUGCCCGCUGGAGCAUCGAGUGAUGAUGAUACUACGGCCGACAGGGAUAUGAUGCAGGAUAUCAUCUUUCACUACGUCAAUGGUGCUGAUUGCCUCGACCUCAUUCCGGAGACCAGGCUCAACGAGGUUGUCCAGGAGUACGUCCAUAAGAACGAGACCGCUGCAAUCACACAGUUCGUGUCGGAGGUGGUGAAGCAGACGAGCGAGUCCAUCGAAGCUGAUCGAGGCCAUGUGCCAGCUCAAGAAGGGGUCAUUCGGGAGGCUGCUAGAACAAGAGCUGAGAUGGCGGAGAAUUCCAGAGGGGAUCUGUCAUCUCCAGCAGCAGUAACAACAUCGUCUUCGUCAUCGUCAUCGAGAGGAUCUGUUUCUACCACUUCUAGAGGGAGGCUCCCUACUGUUAAGGACGAGUUUGAUGCCUCCGAGGAUGAGUUCCAUCGACCGGUGGUGGCGGCUAAGCCUAAAGGAAGAGCCAAGGCGAAGGCUAAGGGCAAAGCAAAGGCCAAGGCGAAACCGAAGGCAAAAAGUGCAUCGAGAGCUGCUAAGCGGACUCGGGACCAACCCGUUGCAGCAGCAGCAGCAGCUCCAAUUUUCAAUGAAGCCAAACGUGUCAGAACGAGUACCGCAGCACCGUCGAGUUUCGCCGAUUUCUUGAAUGCCGACUCUGAUGAUGACGAGCCGACGGGGGACAGCUGUCCCUCCUCGAGUAGUGCUUCGUUGCCGCCAUAUUCUGCGUCUUUACCCGCUGGCUCUAGGGUCCUGCCUUGGGCUGGUCUACAGAGAAAAUGA